CGCAGCAGAUGAACCUGCAAUAAUCGCCGCUGCCGCCACCGACGCGACGCACACAGACCGGUCCGCUCAGUGUCUCGCAGUUGUACUUGUGCGCUUUUUGUCAGUCGAUCACGUGCGGGUUUCGCAUAAACGUUUUAAUUGUUUUUUUUCGCGUUUCGUAUUUCUGUUACCGGCAAUAAUAUUGACCGCGCCGCAGUGUAUCCGUACAUCGGUACAAACAAUAUCGGCACCUAUUUCGUAAAUGCUCGUCGUUAGUGUAUGUAUAAUUAUAAAUAAAUAAAAAGUGUUCUAGAGACUUCGCGCUCGUCCGAUUUAGCGGAUAUUGAUGUUAGUUUUUUUGUUUAUCGUUCGUUGAAAUGCUGUUAUUUAUCUCGAAUCGCGCAUCGUUCUCGUCUCCAUCACCGGUCACGGUAUCGACGAUUUAAACCGAGAUUAUAGUCAUUCACCACGGUAUCCAAGACCUCGGUCGCCACACACGCUUUUACCAGCCAGCUCGACCUACAAAUGACUCAUUGUUGAUCGACCAUCGGAGAAAACUCGAGUUUAAACAAAAAAUGUUUUUGGAAAACGAACAUCAACCAAUUAUUAGCCAUUCGCAGUACGACCUUGCACGUCCGCUUGAACAUCAUCACCAUCAUCACCUUAACCAUCACGUCGCGUCCAAUCAUCUUCAAUCGAGUACCGAUCACCUACAAGACGACUCGGAAGGCCGAAGUUCGGCCAGCUCUCCGACGUCCAGCUAUCGGGACCUGUCAGGGUGUGAAGAUUUCGACUUGAAAAUCCCGAAACCGUCUGGUAUUGGGUCUGGUACUGGUGGUAAUAACAAUAACAACAGUCCCAACAACAAUAAUAACAACAAUAACAAAGAACAGAAACCGAAAAAGCACAAGUGCAAGCACUGUGGGCUGGAGUGCACUGAAAAAGUGCAAUACUGGAAGCACAUUCGCACGCACAUCAAACCUGAGCAGUUAUUAGAGUGCCCAAACUGCGAGUUUGCCACCGACCUGAAGCACCACUACGAAUACCACCUGCUGAACCACACGGGUGCCAAGCCGUUCACGUGCCCAGACUGCGACUACAAGUGUGUGAGCAAGUCAAUGCUCCAAUCGCACCUCAAAUCGCACUCGAACGUGUUUCAGUUUCAGUGCUACGACUGCGGAUACGCAUCCAAAUACAUGCACAGCCUCAAGCAACACCUGAAGAAGCGCGACCACCGGCCGGCCACGCCGCUCAACCCAGACGGUACUCCAAACCCGGACAUCGUCAUCGAUGUGGUAGGCAACCGACGCGGUCCUCGGCAGAACAAGAAACAGAACCGUCACAACCCGUAUCAGCAACAGCCAACACAGCAGUCCGUAACCGUGUGUUCGUCGCAAGACGAUGGCGGCAGCAGCAGUGGCGGACACCCGUCACCAUACUCUAUGCAACAACUUUUGCAGAUGCCCUCGUCCGGAUGUGCCCAGGUCUCGUACCCGACCUCGGCCGAGUCGUUCAUGUACUCGAUGAUCACCAAGCGCUCCAUAGAGAUGGUCGACUACCAGGCCGCUGAAUACAUGGCCAUCAAGAAUAACAACAAUAAUAACUCUUCGUCGGUCGACGACAAGAUGGACGUACAACAGAACCAUCACCACCAUCACCAUCACCAACAACAGCAACAUAACCACAAUCACCAUCAUAAACGCGGCCAUCAAUACCAUCCAGAUGACGUGGUUAGUAGUGCGGAAUUGGCCGGAGGCAGCGGUAGCGGUGGUGAUCGGACGCCUGAACCGCAGGCACCCGUGCUAGCGGUUGCCGAUCCGUCGCCCCCGCCCACAAUGACCAUAGAAACGGGACCGUUGAACUUGAGCAGAGACUCGGUGGCACCUCGCGCCGCGGGUAGCAGUCGGCGCAAGGGGAUCGCGUGCAAACUCGAACGGCCGGCAGCGGAACCUCAACCCAAGUCGGUGCCGGUUCCGGUGGUGAUGGUCCCGACACCGCCAGUGGUUCCGAUGGAUUGCUGUAGCGAGCCCCGGAGAACAGUGGAGGAGGUUUUGCUGCCAGUGAAAGAAGAGUUUUACCAAAACUACCACCAGCACCAGCAGCAGCUGCAAACGUCGUCGUCUUCGACGCCCGAAAAAGAUGACAAGGAAGACGAGACGCACGUGUGCCACCACUGCGACAUAAUAUUCAAGGAGAACAUCAUGUACUCGAUGCACAUGGGAUUCCACAGCUUCAGGGACCCAUUCGCGUGCAACCUGUGCGGCGAGAUAACGGCCGACAAGUUUUCGUUUUUCGCUCACAUAGCACGCGUACCGCACAGUUAAGAUUGUUAUGAGGAGGUGCACCGCCCCGCCGCUACAGUCACGAUAAGAAAUAAAAAUAAUAGAGUACAAAUUUUAAAACAAUUAACCCUCUAGGUAUGUAAUAUAGGAUUUAUCGUAAAAAAAAAUUAAAACAGAUUAAAAAUAUAAAAUAAUAUUACACACCUCUUUCUUUUUAACAACUAUAGUCUUUUCUAAAUGUGCAGUUACCAUUUUGUACAGAUGAAAAUCUUUUUUGGCAUCAAAUUAAAAAAGAUUUUCAUUCGUAUGCGUUCCAGUGUCUAUGUGUUCACGUGUUGUUAACCGGUUCCGGUUCUUAAAUGUUGACAAUUUUUCAACCUAUAAGAGUCGGCUACCGUGUCUUCAAAUCGUGAUUGCGUAUUUAACGCUGAAUUGGUUAUAGACUGCACAGAUUUAUAUCGUUUUAAAUUAUAAUAGUUGUUUAAUUGUUUAUCGUUUUAAAUAUUUUUCUUUCGUCACAUUUUUCUCGGAAAUCAAAUUUGAAUUAUUUUUAAAUUUUCUUUUCGAUAAAUGAAAACCGUUAAGCGAUUUAAAAAUAUUUAACUCGUGUUUUCAUUGUUAAACAAAAAUUAUUAGUAAUUUUGA